AUGUCCGUUCUCGCAGUAGUCGUCGAUCGGCCUCUGCUCAACAGCCUUUCUAGCAUCAUCACUUGGUUCACUCUCGUCACCAGCCUCCUAGCGUUCUUAACGCAUGCCGGCAUCAAAUUCUACGUGUUUCGAACAUUGACUAUUGAGUCAUGGCUCGUACUUGCAUCCCUAAUAUUUUGCGUCGCACAAUCUGUCGCGGUAUUGCUGCAAGCACACUACGGCUUCGGGAAGCCGAUCGCGUCUUUGAAUGGAUAUCAGAUUGAGUCGAAUCUCAAAAGCGAAUACGCCGCAAUGAUACUCUUCGUUGUCUCCCUCGGCUUCUCGAAGCUUGCUGUCGUAGCAUUCGUCCAUCAUCUGACUCCAUCCGAACUCCACCGCAGAAUCAACUUCGGCGUCUUGGCUCUUAUAAUCUUAUGGCUGGUUUGUUCUGUGUUGGUCGCAGCAUUCGAGUGCCGGCUGCCCCGGCCAUGGGAUAGAACAUUGGAUCGAUGCAUCGACCGUUUGACCUGGUGGAAUACCGUCUCAUGCUUCAAUAUCAUGACAGAGCUCGCGAUCGUGGCCUUGGAAUUGGGCAUAACAGCGCAACUUCACAUGCGACGGCAACGGAAGGCGGCGGUCAUGGCUUUGUUCUCAUGUCGGUUACUAGUUCUUGUUGCUGCUGCGGUUCAGCUUAGCUUCUUCAAUCGCGACAGCACCAAUUCCGCUUUGAAAGACGAUCUAACACUCGGUUACUGGCGCUCAUCUAUCUGCAACCAGAUUGUGCAAUGCUUUGCUAUCGUCACUACAUGUCUUCCGUAUACCAAGCUUUUCAUGGAGGGGUUUGAGUCGGGACUCAUGCGAUUGGACGAUCUGCGCCGUCGAGGAGAGCAAACCUCCAAAGACGACAGCAAAGGAUACCAACUCAUGGACAUAUCGCGAUCGGGACGCUCCGAGAAUUCCAGACCCUCAUACAGCGGGCCGGAUAGGAGCAUCCAAGUAUCGAAGAGUUGGGCAGUGCAAGUAGAACCAGUAGCCCGCAUGCCGGCUACUACAAUACUGCACGACAAGCACGAUGAUCUUGCGCUGGCGAGACUGGGGAAGAAAGCUGUGCUGAAGCGUCGCUUCGGCUUCCUAUCUAUCCUAGGUUUCAGCUGCACCGUCUUGAUCACCUGGGAAGGAUCUCUUGUGUUGUUCCUGGUCGGCUUCCAGAAUGGCGGCCCCGCUGGUGUCAUCUAUGGCUACCUCAUCGUAUGGCUCGGCACCGUAUCUGUGUUCAUGGUGCUCAGCGAGCUUGUUUCAAUGGCACCUACAUCUGGUGGUCAAUACCACUGGGUGUCUAUGCUCGCACCAAAAAGCUCUCAAAAGCUGUUGAGUUACAUCUCAGGAUGGCUCACUCUCUGUGGCUGGCUAGCAUCACUCGGGUCCGGCGCUUUCCUCACCGGUGGCCUCAUUCAAGGCCUUCUCAUGCUCUGCCAACCGGAUACGUACGUCCCUCAGAACUGGCACGUCACUCUCCUCUACUGGGCCAUCAUCGCGUUUUGCGUCUUUAUCAACAUCGCUGCUGGAUGGCUGCUACCCAAAUUCGAAGGAGCGCUAUUGGUCCUGCAUAUCCUUGGUUUCUUCGCCAUCUUGAUUCCCUUGCUGGUUCUUGGGCCACAGGGCAAUGCGAAAGAGACCUUUACCACGUUCGUAAACAUGGGACAUUGGCAGACUCAGGGAUUGAGCUUUUGCAUUGGCAUUAUGGGGAGUGUCUUUGCGUUUGUUGGCGGUGAUGGGCCGAUCCAUCUGUCUGAGGAGAUUCAAAACGCACAGAUCGUCGUACCUCGCUCCAUCAUGACUGGCAUCGCCAUCAACGGCUCUCUCGGCUUCGUCAUGAUGGUCACCGUGCUCUUACGGAUGGGUGAUCUCGACACUGUACUUCUAGAGAACCCUGCGUUCCCUUUUAUGGCUAUCUUUCACCGAGCCGUUCAAUCACGCUCUGGUGCCGCUGUCAUGGCAUCCAUCGUCAUGGUGCUGACUAUCAGUGCGAACGUGGGCUUCUCCGCUUCAACAUCAAGAAUUUGCUGGGCUUUUGCUAGAGACCGUGGUCUACCUGGAUGGAGAACCUUGAGCAAGGUCAGCGAUCGUACGUCCAUCCCCGUCUACGCCGUAGCCUUUACAAGCUUCAUCGCCUGCCUUCUCGCACUAGUAAACAUCGGAUCCACCACGGCCUUCAACGGCGUAAUCUCCGUCGCUAUCGCCGGCCUCUUCUCCUCCUACCUUCUCACAUCCUCCCUCCUCCUCUACCGUCGCUGCACCGGCGCCAUCCUCCCACCCAGCGAAUCCUUCGACACAGACAGCCAGUCCAUAACCAGCGACGGCAUGGUCCGCGCUGUAUGGGGCCCCUGGCGUCUUCCUGGUGCUAUAGGCAUCGCCAACAACGUCUUUGCAUGCGCCUAUCUUAGCUUUGUUUUCUUCUUCAGUUUCUGGCCUAGCUUUGCUGAGGUUACGCCUGCGAACAUGAAUUGGGCGAUUUUGGUAACGGGUACGAUAGCGGUCAUCAGUGCGGUCUAUUAUGCGGUUUGGGCGAGGAACACGUAUCAUGGGCCUGUUGUUGAGAUUGAUGAGCGAGAUUUGAGUGGGAGGGCCAGUGUCGUGGAGCAGCGUCUUGAGAUGGGUAGUAAGUAG